AUGUCACAGAGUCAGGUCUCUCAAUUUUCCGAUAACUACCCUUCAUCAAUCUUUAGCGAUACUCCUCUAGAUAACAUUCCGUUCCUUCCAUCGGAUAGCGCUUAUCAACCGAGAAAGAAGGACUUCGUCCUUUGGACAGAGAUGGUUGCUACUAUUCGAGAUGGCGCGCCAAAGGUUAUGUGUAAAACGUGCGAUCAUACUUUGAAUCAUCUAGCGGACGGCUAUCGUGGAACAUCUUCUAUGAAUAAACACUACUCGCAAGGUGUCUGUCGGAAGAUAGCGCCGAAGUUAAAGGAUAUUCGAAGGCUUAUCUAA